AUGGAUUGCACAAGCAGCACACCGCGCACCCCGUCGCCGACAGACCUCCACUUUCUCCAUGGCACGGACCACAAACACGACGCCCUCGCCGUCUUCCAGCCCUCGCUGCUCCAGGAGCUCUACAACGACGCCGACAUAGACUCGCCCUACCCAGAGCCCCUCCACCACCAGCAACACCAACAACAGCAGCAGCAGCAGGGCAUGGUCUACCGCCGCGCGACGUUCCCGUACGUCCGCCACGACCGCGAGGACAUCCACCUCUACCCCUCCGCCCAGCCCUUCCUCCACCACCACCAGCCCGCCCAGCACAACUUCUACCCCGACUCCGCCUCCUACUACCCGCCCUCGUCGUGGCCCGCCCCCGACGUCGCCGUCAAGCACGAGGACUUGUCCGCCACCCAGCCCCACCUCAUCGUCCCCUCCCAGUCCCAGUCCCUCGCCCCCCACUCCCUCUACAACCAGCAGGCCUUCUUCCCCCAGCACGCCCUCCCCGCCCACCACCAGCAACAACAGCAGCAGCAGCAGCAGCAACAGCAGACACUCCUGCACCACCACCAACAGCAGCAGCCGCUGCCCCCGCCGCUCUCCUACCUCCCCCACUCCUCCAUGCCCGUCCAGCACACAGACGACGCCGCCUCAAAAGAAACCCAGUACCUCCGCCGCCGCUGCUUCAACUGCCACACCACAGAGCCCCCCUCGUGGCGCCGCUCCACCCUCAACCCCGGCAAGAUCGUCUGCAACAAGUGCGGCCUCUACGAGCGCACCCACCUGCGCCCCCGCCCGCUCAGGUUCGACGAGCUGCGCGCGGGGAACAAGGCCCGCAAGAACUCGAGUGCCGCCCAGCAGCAGGCGGGGCAGGGCGUCGCAGGAGGGCAGGGGGCGGUCGCGGGAGCGGGGAGGAAGGAGAGCGCGAGUCCGAAAGUGAAAGGCGCAUCUGUGAAGAAGGAGCCCAGGGAGUACGGCGCUUCGGAUUGGGACGACAAUCUGUCAGUGUACUCUUCGCCCUCUGCGCCCCCGACGUCCUUCAACUCGCCCUCCGUGCCCUCUUUCCCGCUCUCCCGGGACUCGCAGUCGCCCCCCAUCCUCGACCCGUCCCUCUCCUCGCUCUCCCCAUCGCUCUCCUCCUCCCUCUCGCAAUCCUCGCUCUCCUCGCUCUCCUCGCCCCUCCCCCCGCUCUCCGACUCCUCCUCCGCGUCCUCGCCCUCCGCCUCGUCCUCCUCCUCGCACUCCAUCGGCGGCUCGCCGAACCCCCAGGGCAUGAUCCGCCUCCCGAACGCGCCGCUCAACGACAUCGCGUCGUACUCCCCGCACCACGCCCACCAGCAGCUGCAGCAGUACCACCACGCGGGCGGCGCCUCCCCGCUCUCGUCGCCCCCGCUCGCGGGCCAUGCGAGUCUGCCGCAGCAGCACCACGGGAUGGUCAUGCAGCAGCAGCACCAACAACAGCAGCAGCAGCAGCAACAGCAGUAUUCGAGUUACGGCGGGAUGGCGGGUGGGUAUAACGGGUCGAGCACGAUGUCGUUCGCCGUGCAGCCUAUGUACGGCUUCGACAACGGGAUGCACCAGCAGUCGUCGUCGUCCUACAACAACAACAACAACACCGGAAACGGAAUGGGUACGGGCCUUAUGGGCCCGCCGUCCCCUCUAUCGAGCAUCCCCUCGCUCCCGUCGACGCCCUCGACGCCCUCGAUAAACGCAUCCUCCCUCAACCCGACGUCGUCGCCUCUGAACAACGUCACGCCCACCACGGCGGGGCGCCGCCGCAGCUCGACGAGCUCGAGCCUUGCGGUGUCGCCGCAGGCUUUGUCGCUUGGUCUGGGGAUUGCGGAGGAGUCGGAAAAUGAGGGACGGGAGGAGCGGGAGGGCGAGGGGGAGAGUGGGCUGGAGGGGACGCUGGAGGAAAGGGAAAGGGGUAGGGAGAGGGAGGGGAAGGACGAGGAGUCGUCGUGA